AUGCCAACUUCUCCUCCUGCCUCUGCAAAGAACAGAGAGAAGGGAAGGGGGCUCCGCACAGGCGACAAAAGGGGGACUGCGAGGAGAGCCGCUGCCGAACGAUCUUUGAAAACGGGCACCCAACGCUCGCAGCCAGAUUCGCAGCUUCAAGGGGCAUCCAGGCUCGAAGAUGUGUCAACCGGCGCUAGAACGGCCACCAUCAUUUUCAAGGCUCGCGAGCAAGGGAAUUGGGUCGACACUUAUAAGAUGGAUAUUAACCCGUCCGAGCCUUCCGACCGGUCCAUGGUGGAGCGAAUGGCUAAGAAGGAUGCUCGGAACCGACUGGCGACCUUCUAUGACAAGGACUUGAAACCGAUCGCUCCUGUACAGUGCUGUGACGCGGCCAUCGAAGAUGGGACCGACACCAUCUUCAUGGUGUUUGGCGGGGAGUUGAACGUCGACGAAGAGAUGUUGGCGUCUGUGUCACAGUAUGCCGACAGCGAACGAGAACGAGAGAGAAAGACCAAGCGUCGCGCAUGAGCAAAAUGCGGGGAAAUCCUGGGGCCUUUUGGCAGUGGGUCCUUGGUCGCAACAGGACCACGGAAAUCGAUUCAAUGGCCUCUGCCGUCCACAGGCCAGCACGGCCACAAGUUGGCCAUCUUUGGGCCUACCAGGUCCAUGGACCGCGUUUCAUGGACCUGUCAGGCCUCUUGGCUCCUGCCUCCGGCAUGGCACCUGGGUCAGUGGCCCUUGGUCAUUGUGCUAGUGACCACAUGAUGUAGUCCCUGGCUUUUUGUCAAUAUUCUUCUGCCACUGUGCCUCUGGCCUGAUUGGACUUCGGCCCUCGGGUUUAGACAGAGACUGCACUUCGAUGAGCUACCAAGGGUGGUGAACAGAAUGAUGACUAAUCUUGCCGAUAACCCUAAAUUGUCUAUUCCCGGUAUGGAGAGUUUAUAUAUGAAUGAGAAAGAUGUGAUGAAAGGUGCAAGGGUUUAUAGAAACUUAAUGAUCGGAAUCAGUGUGACUUCA